GGAUCAGUCCGUCUCGAGGCCUGCGCGACAGAAGAAGGGAGUGUUUCCCCGUCUGACAGAACUUCUAGUAGUCCGAUUAAUUUCCGUCUGAACUUCACUAAUUAUAUUUCAGCCAGGCUGUUUAUUUAACCGGAGACGGCACUAUUGCUGUCCAAAGAAUACGUUUAGUUUUAAAACUCCGGUAGUUUUUCCUCGUCAGACGAUAGCUGGCUAGCAUCAUUAGCUAAGCUAGCAGGAGUACGGAUAGUCCAUAAUGCCCACGCUGCGGGACAGCACCAUGUCCCACCCCGGAGAAAACCCGCACCAAGUCCGGGUAAAAGCCUACUACAGAGGGGACAUCAUGAUCACACAUUUUGAGCCUUCGAUCUCCUAUGAGGGACUCUGCAAUGAGGUGCGGGAUAUGUGCUCCAUGGACAAUGACCAGCUCUUCACCAUGAAAUGGAUUGAUGAGGAAGGGGAUCCAUGCACCGUUUCUUCUCAGCUGGAGCUGGAGGAGGCCUUGCGUCUAUAUGAACUCAACAAAGACUCGGAGCUCAUUAUUCACGUGUUUCCUUGUGUCCCUGAAAAACCUGGCAUGCCCUGUCCUGGAGAAGACAAGUCUAUAUACCGGCGGGGAGCUCGACGUUGGAGGAAACUCUACUAUGCCACUGGACAUGCGUUUCAGGCCAAACGCUUUAACAGGCGUGCUCAUUGUGCCAUCUGCACAGAUCGUAUCUGGGGUCUGGGCAGGCAGGGAUACAAGUGUAUCAACUGUAAGCUUCUGGUGCAUAAGAAAUGCCAUAAGCUGGUCACAGUAGAAUGUGGUAGACAGGUAAUACAGGACCCAAUGAUCGGAAGAAUCGAUCCAGGGUCGACUCAUCCAGAGCACCCAGAUCAAGUUCUGGGCAAAAAGAACUCAACAGAAAGCAUCAAUCAUGAGGGAGAGGAGCAUGAGGCUGUGGGCAGUCGGGAAUCAGGAAAAGCGGUGUCCAGUUUGGGUCUAAUAGACUUUGACCUGCUGCGAGUGAUUGGCAGGGGCAGCUAUGCCAAAGUUCUGCUGGUGCGUCUCAAAAAGACAGAACGCAUCUAUGCCAUGAAGGUGGUGAAGAAGGAGCUGGUCAACGAUGACGAGGAUAUUGACUGGGUUCAGACUGAAAAGCAUGUGUUUGAGCAGGCUUCAAACCAUCCCUUCCUUGUGGGACUUCACUCCUGCUUCCAGACGGAGAGCAGACUGUUCUUUGUAAUCGAGUAUGUGAAUGGAGGGGAUCUCAUGUUCCACAUGCAGCGGCAGAGGAAACUUCCGGAAGAGCACGCCAGGUUUUACUCUGCAGAGAUCAGUCUUGCCUUGAACUACCUCCAUGAGCGUGGCAUUAUUUACAGGGACCUGAAACUGGACAAUGUUCUGCUGGAUUCAGAGGGACACAUCAAACUCACCGAUUACGGCAUGUGUAAGGAGGGACUGAGACCAGGAGAUACAACCAGCACUUUCUGUGGAACUCCCAAUUACAUUGCACCAGAGAUUCUGAGAGGAGAAGACUAUGGUUUUAGUGUGGACUGGUGGGCUCUGGGCGUCCUGAUGUUUGAGAUGAUGGCUGGAAGAUCUCCCUUCGACAUAGUCGGCAGCUCUGAUAACCCUGACCAAAACACAGAGGAUUAUCUUUUCCAAGUCAUUUUGGAGAAGCAGAUCAGAAUUCCCAGAUCGUUAUCGGUCAAAGCCGCAAGCGUGCUGAAGGGAUUCCUCAACAAGGAGUCGAAGGAACGGCUGGGAUGUCAUCCUCAGACAGGCUUCGCAGACAUCAUGGCCCAUCCUUUUUUCCGAAAUGUAGACUGGGAUCUUAUGGAGCAGAAGCAAGUAGUUCCACCGUUCAAACCUAACAUCUCGGGCGAGUUUGGUCUGGAUAACUUUGAUGCCCAGUUCACCAACGAGCCCAUUCAGCUCACGCCUGACGAUGAUGAUGCUGUAAAGAAGAUCGACCAGUCUGAGUUUGAAGGCUUCGAGUACAUCAACCCUCUGCUGAUGUCUGCGGAGGAGUGUGUGUGAACGGUCGCUUUAUCCCUCUGUUACACGCAUAUCAUCGCUGCCUUUAUUUGCAUGGUCGCAAACAAUCACACGAAAGGAAACAACAAGAACCUGACUUUGCUUUGUUGGGACCAGAUGAAACAGUAACUUUGCCAAAUGUCUUUCACUUUCUGCCAUUUGUAACCACUAGUCCUUAAGUGUCUAUUUUUUUCUCAAUUAUUUUUGUAUCAUGUUAAUCAGCAGCACUGAUGAAAGGACAUUUGUCAGUGCCUUCGACCAACAGUUUUAGCUUUCCGGACUCUGCAAACUAAAGGAAAAAAGAAUGACUGUGAUGGUACGCAGGACCUCCCAAUGCUAAAGAUAUGCAUUUUAUUUUGUAAAUAUGAAAGAGAAUCCUUUGAGCAUAUAUAGUAAGCCAUUUUAAAACUCUAUACCACAUGGGAUAUUCUUGAAGAAAGUUUCUGAUUAUCUGUUUUCUGUAGCGUAAGGAUGAGAACACUUUGUUUUAUUACUAUAUUUUUUAUUUAAGAGUACUGUCAUCUAUAUAGAAUGUACACAAUGUGUUGAAUCAGAGUUUUCCAGAUGUUGUUUUAAGACGGUUGGACUUGUUUCCUCGUUUUAGAUUGAAGAUUGAUUGGAGCAGGGAACAUUAUUGAACACUGUUGUAGAUACUUACAACUGUGAAUGGAGGAGACAUUUUCUGUAUAGAGAGGUGAAAACACAACAGCUUUCUUCAAUGCAGGACCAAAAUAAGACACUAAAAUGAGUGUUCCUCUUGGCGAUCUCCAAACAGACGAGGUAAACGCAUGUUACUACUCUAACUGCAGCAUGUAUAAACUAUUUCUUGCUUUCUUGUUUGAUUUCUUGCUCUUUUUCUUGUGUUAAAUGUUAUAUAUUGCCUUUCUGGUUAUGAUAUUCCGUUGAUGUAUUUUUGCAUUGAACAAACUGAGCAUCGGUGAGCAUUGUUUUUCGAUACAGUCACCGAAAAGUGGCUUCUUUCAGCCCUUUUGGGGAUUUCAAGCCUGAUCAGAUGCAUGAUGAGGUUUGUGUUUACUCCACACGGCGCCCGGUUUUUGGGGUGAUGCGUUUUUUUAAACAUCAUGUCUGGACGUGUUUUUUGUUUGUGGACUAAACUGAAAGGACCUUUGACCAUAAUGACCAAAUGAUGACAUUAAACAGGCUACUCGUAUGCAGCAUCACCCUCUCUCAUUCCACUCCAUGCACGCUUCAACUCGCUUACUAUUUCACAGAUGUUCACACCGGUUUGGAGCUGCGAGGAUCUCGUUAGCAACCCGGCGUUAGAAAUGAUUGAAUCGCUUAAGGCCCUCGAUGCAUUCCCAGAAAAAAGAAAAUGAUGUGCUAAUAUGCUUUAAAGAAGCAUCGGGGGGCUGAAUUGGACCUGUUUUUUUCUUCUCUCUGUAUGUUUUGUGUAUUAAUAUGCACACUGAAAAACACUAUCAACUGACUGGAAUAAUAAACUGUACCACUUAUUUUGUUAACACCUCAUUAAAGUAUUUAAGAAAAUCUCA